AUGUCUCAGUCUGAUCAUUCUAAGUAUUUUGCUCAACCUGACAUCUACCGUAGUCACGGAUAUAUUGAAAUAGAUUUGAUUACUACUACUACUACUACUACUACUACUACUACUACUACUACUACUACUACUACUACUACUACUACUACUACUACUACUACUACUACUACUACUACUACUACUACUACUACUACUACUACUACUACUACUACCACUACUACUCUCACUACUACUACUACCAGUAUUAGUAAUAAACACUUGUAA